AUGUCUUACCUACAACUGCGUCUUGUGGCUUUAGUAAACCGUCUUUGGUUUGAAGUGUGUGUGAACCAGUACGGGGCUUUAAGAAGAUACGAAUCGAUAGUACGGGCUUCAAACCAAUCACGCCUUUUCCGCUGCCACAAUCUUGAUGCAUUUUACCUAAGAUCGACCUCAGCCCUACGAACAGGGCUUGUUGAGGGACUCGUACGAACCAACCCCAAGACAAUAGAACACCACUGCAGCUCUGCGGCUGAGGACGAAGCGAGGGUAAGGUAUGAUGUUGUUGCUUGGCAUUAA